ACUAUAUAAGUGGCUCAUAUAAUAUUCAUUCUUGCAUGUCUAGGGUUUCAAAGUUGAAGUAAUAUAAUUAUGGGAUUAUCAGCUCGUUCUCUUGGGUAUUUUCUUUUACUUGUGUUGUUUGUUGAUUGUGUAGUGUUUGCUGAUGUUAAUGGAGUCGGAGAUGAGAAAUUCCUUUUUGGACAUGGACAUCGAAAGUUCAAGAAGCAUUUUGGACACGGUGGUGGUAUAGGUGGUGGUGCUGGUGGUGGGUUCGGAGGUGGAGGCGGUCUUGGUGGUGGUGGUGGAUUAGGAGGAGGUGGUGGUGCCGGUGGGGGUCUAGGUGGAGGAGGCGGUCUUGGUGGAGGUGCUGGUGGUGGCGGUGGAUUAGGAGGAGGUGGUGGUAUAGGUAAAGGAGGUGGACUUGGUGGUGGUAUAGGUAAAGGUGGUGGACUUGGUGGUGGUGCCGGUGGUGGAGGUGGAUUAGGAGGUGGUGGUGGACUAGGUCAUGGUGGAGGUUUGGGAGGUGGCGCAGGUGGUGGAUUAGGUCAUGGUGGAGGUCUAGGAGGUGGUGGUGGAGCCGGAGGAGGACUAGGUGGAGGUGGUGGAGCUGGCGGUGGAGCUGGUGGUGGUGCUGGAGGAGGUCUUGGUGGAGGUGGUGGACUUGGAGGUGGUGGUGGAGCCGGUGGUGGAGGAGGAAUAGGUGGAGGUGCAGGUGGUGGUGCUGGAGGUGGUUUUGGUGGAGGUGCAGGUGGAGGUGCCGGAGGUGGUGCAGGUGGAGGUGGAGGCUUUGGUGGUGGUGGAGGUGUAGGAGGUGGAGCCGGAGGAGGCUUUGGUGGUGGUGCAGGUAAAGGCGGAGGUGUAGGAGGUGGAGGUGGCGGGGGCUUUGGUGGUGGAGGAGGCAUUGGUGGUGGUCAUUAAUUGAUCAAUACAUAGUGAUCUUUCAUUGACUAAGAAAGUGAUCAAUGUGUUGUUAUAUAUGUACUUUAGUAGUUCUAUUUUUGUGAGACUUCGUAAAAAUGGAGUACGUAAGAGUAUAGCAUUUAUAUCCAUUACAUUAAAGUGAAUUUGUUCCUUAAAGCUUCUUUACAUCUUGCAUGUAAAGCUUGGGGGACUAUUGUAUUAUCCAACCAUAUUAUGAAUAAAAUAUGUAUUUUCCCAA